AUGCAUGGAUUGUGGCCUGCUAACAGAGUUAUAUCUGAUCCACGUGGUUGUUUAGAUAAAACCAACCAAAAGACAAUAGAUAUUGGCAAUUUUCCGUUGGACUUGAAGGAAGAACUUGAUAAAGUGUGGCCGGAUUUAUUAGUUUAUGAAAAGUCUCGACUAAUAAACAUUGCUUUUUGGGAUGAGCAAUGGAAAGCGCAUGGAAGUUGCUCCAAUAUGGAUAUAAUUGAUUUCUUCAAGCUCAGUCUUUCCAUUUAUAAGAAAAUCGGUUCUCUAAAGGAAGUCCUUGGGAAAGAGGGCUAUUCACCCGGUCCUCAAAGCCAUGUAGAAAAACAAAAAAUUGUCGAUAUCAUUAAGAAGCAUACUGAUGGUAAAGCCAGUCCACGGAUUAAAUGUGAAAAACAUGAUGGCAAAACAUAUUUGCAUGAAAUACAAGUAUGUGUCGACAAAACCGAAAACCACAACUAUACUAAUUGCCGUACACCAGAUUUGAUUGACUGUGAAAAGGAUGUAUACUUUCCUUGA